AUGGCCACUGCACCAGAGGAGGCAGAAAAUGCUGUUGUCUUGGGGGAAAUCCACAUGAACAGAAAAGAACCACCAGAAGGGAAGAAGACAUUUACAGUGGAAGAAGCUGUGGAAACCAUUGGGUUUGGGAGGUUCCACAUCAUGCUUUUCCUCAUCAUGGGCAGCACUGGGGUGGUUGAAGCCAUGGAGAUCAUGCUAAUAGCUGUCGUGUCCCCUUUCAUCCGGUGCGAGUGGCAGCUUCAAGACUGGCAGGUGGCUUUAGUGACAACGAUGGUGUUUUUUGGCUACAUGGUCUUCAGCAUAGUGCUGGGACUCCUGGCUGACAGGUACGGCCGCCGCAAGAUUCUGCUGCUCUCUUUCCUCUGGGCAGCCUAUUUCUCCCUGCUGACCUCGUUUGCCCCAUCCUACAUCUGGUUUGUGUUCCUGCGGGCCAUGGUAGGAGGAGGUGUGUCAGGCCAUGCGCAAGGACUUAUCAUAAAAACUGAAUUUUUGCCCACCAAAUACCGGGGAUACAUGUUGCCCUUAUCUCAGGUGUUUUGGUUGGCAGGAUCCUUGUUAAUCAUUGGCCUGGCAUCAGUGAUGAACCCAACCAUCGGCUGGCGGUGGUUGAUCAGAAUUGCCUCCAUCCCUGGCAUCCUUCUCAUCCUGGUGUUCCAGUUCAUCCCAGAAUCAGCACGGUACAACAUGUCCACGGGAAACGUGGCAGCUGCCCUGGCCACGCUGCAGAGAGUAGCCAAGGUGAAUGGGGCGGCGAUGCCGGAUGGGCUGCUGAGGGAGCCUGUGAAGGAAAGGAGAGGAAGAUUCAAGGACCUCAUCCACCCCAAAUACCUCAGGACCACUUUGCAGAUAUGGAUCAUAUGGCUUGGCAUAGCUUUUGCUUAUUAUGGUGUCAUCUUGGCCAGUGCUGAGUUACUGGAGCGGGACCUCGUCUGUGGCUCUGCGGCACCACCGGCGCAGCACUCCAGUGGUGACUCCGAGGAGAGCCACAGCCCUUGCCACUGCCACUUCUUUGGACCUGCUGCCUACCAGACCAUGAUCAUCAGCACAGCUGGAGAGAUCGCAUUAAAUCCUUUGAACAUUCUCUGCAUCAAUGUCCUUGGGAGACGUCUGAGCCUGUGUAUCACCAUGGGAUGUACAGCACUAUUCUUUCUUCUCCUUAAUAUCUGCACCUCGAGUGCAGGCACGACUGGGUUUCUCUUCAUGCUGCGUGCCUUGGUUUCAGCAAACUUCAACACCACCUACAUCUACACAGCAGAGGUUUAUCCCACCACAAUGCGAGCCCUGGGGAUGGGGACAAGUGGGUCACUGUGCCGUAUUGGAGCUAUGGUGGCUCCAUUUAUAGCACAGGUUCUCAUGAGCACUUCUUUCACUGGGGCCUCGUGUCUUUUCUCAUCCGUGUGCGUGGUCUGUGCCAUCUCUGCAGUCACACUGCCCACGGAGACAAAGGGCAGGGCCCUGCCGUUACAACUUCUGAGGAUUGUUAGGGUGAUAGUCAAGACCACAAAAUGA